UUAGUCUUACUGUUGCAAGCAAAACCAGAAAUUCGAAGUAAAAUCCAAGAGACAUACUCAAAAAUGAGCAUGGAAUCUGGUAAAGCAUUGAAGGAACUAGCAUUGGCAAUCAAAAGAUUGGCGAAACCAUUUUCUGCGGAUAUCCAUAUCGAAAACUCAAAAUCUGCUGUUAAGAAUCUCAACUCUUUAGUCAGAUCAGGGUUAUUGGAUGAUGAGAUGGACCUCUUGGAAGUGGUACGAGUGGCCACAGUGGCUUCGUUAUUAAUCGAUGUGAUCACCUACACGGAGGAAAUAGCCGGAUCUGUUCUUAAACUUGCAUCCAUGGCAAGUUUUGAGGCCGCUGAGCCAACUGUCUCACCAGAAAAACCAGAGACAAGACAACCUGAAAUUGUGAAUUCAUAUUCCAAUGAUGCUAAUAGUACUUGAGUUGUUAGUUAUAAUAGACGCUUUCAGUUUUGUUUUGGGAUCUCAAUUCUUUAUCAUUUAUUUAUAUUAGUAAUUUAUUGUAAAUUUAG